UUCAGAUCGCAGGUCUUUUUUCAACACUGCGGGGACGGGUAGUCAGAGCGCUAUAAAGUAAGCUAUCGGAGUCAGAGGCGGUAACGGCCAAGGAUAGGAACACAACAUACUUGUUGUGUAGACGAUUCAGUAGCGCAUGCCUUCGGAUACUCUCGCCUUCUUUAGGAUAGUUGAAAAGUAAUAGCGGACUACCGGUGUAAUAUGGUCAUUAGUCAAAAAUAAUAGUUUGCCAAUAAACUGAAUAAUCGAUAAACAUGCCAGAGCUCCGUAUAUUGACGCAUUUCUGAGCUUGGAACAUAAUAGCCUAAAUGUUAUGAAACAUUGACUUCAAGUGCUGCAGUUGGCUAGUUUGAGUUUGGUUUUAACCAGAUGUUUACCUAAAAUCCGCUCUGCCAAGGACAUCACGAUUGGAGGAUAUCAAACUUAUAUCAAACUGUUUGUGUUCGAAAAAUUCAGAGCAUUUAGGUUACUGUAAGAAGAAGGAACAUGGAUUUUAAGUGUUUGAGCUGUAUAGUGUUUUUCCCCAUACACAUUGUCUACUACAUAUUGAAAGCAAGUGUGUACUUAAUUCUACCAAGUAGACGAAGAACCCUGAUCAAGGAGGUGGUCCUGAUUACAGGCGGGGGACGAGGUAUCGGUCGUCACCUGGCUCAGGAGUUUGCCAAGCAGGGGGCUAAAAAGGUGAUCCUGUGGGGCCGCACAGAGAAGUGUCUGAAAGAGACAUGCGAAGAGAUCUCCCAAUUUGGAACAGAGUGCCACUACUUCCUGUGCAACGUGGCCAAUCGGGAGGAAGUUUACAAGCAGGCCAAGGUGGUCAGGGAGAAGGUGGGAGAUGUUACGAUCCUGGUGAAUAACGCUGCAGUGGUCCAUGGGAAAAGUCUGAUGGACAGCGACGAUGACUGUCUUUUGAAAUCUCAACAUAUCAACACAAUGGGACAGUUCUGGACUACAAAGGCCUUCCUGCCACGGAUGCUGGAGCUCCAGCACGGCCACGUGGUCUGUAUAAACUCCAUCCUGUCCCAGUCGCCCAUCCCUGGGGCCAUCGACUACUGUACCUCCAAGGCCUCCUCCCUGGCCUUCAUGGAGAGCCUGACUCUGGGCCUGCUGGACUGUCCCGGAGUGGGCUGCACCACCGUGCUCCCCUUCCACACCAACACUGAGAUGUUCCAGGGCAUGAGAGUCAGGUUUCCAGCGCUCUUCCCUCCCCUCAAGCCAGAGACAGUUGCUGAAAGGACUGUGGAUGCAGUCAGAACUAACACAGCCUAUGUUUACAUGCCCUGGACCAUGCAUGCUCUCGUUGUCCUCAAAAGCUUCAUGCCACAAGCUGCUCUUGAAGAGAUCCACAAGUUCUCUGGAAGCUAUACCUGCAUGAAUACAUUCAAGGGGAGGACAUAAAAACAAAUUAUCCUGAAUGUCAAUACAUAUCAGAGGAACCUCACUAAGUCUGGAGGAUGUUGAAGGGAAGUAUCCAUGGGCUACAGGACAUUGGGAAACAAUGGAUGCCCUUUGAAAGUAUGCAGGAAGGUGUCUUGGAGACUUUAGCGUACUGUAUAUGGUUGCUCCGACGGGGUAGAUUUCACUUACACGCUGCUGAAACUUAUCCUGGUCUCUUUCUUGAUCUCCUGUGUGUAGUUGGACGGACUAAAUACCAUUCACACAUUGAGCAGAAGCCAUGCAAAACUAGUCUGGAUAAACAGCAGUUUUUUUUUCAAGUCUGUUUUUUAUUAUCCUUUGUUUUCUACCAAUCAUGUGUCUUUGAAUGGAAUCACAUUAAUAAAUUGAUGUUACAGACAACCAAAGUGUCUCUUUGUUCACAUAGACUGGCGAAUGUCUAGUGAGUCGUCAACACAGCAGAGCUAACCAGAUGCAAUGAUAGAGAAUGAUAACACAGUUAUGCCAAACAUCAAAUGAGCAACAUUCAUUGGAAGGCAAAACAGAGCCGUACACUGUUAACUUAUACAUUGUAAUGUAGGUUAGGCCUGGAAUCCAAUCCAAAACAAUGCUAUAGUGCGCUUGACAUUUUAAAAUUGCAUUUAAGAGCUGAAUUGUCGACUUGCCACUCGGAUUGAAUCACUGCUCAAGUUGUUACAUGCUGGAAAAAGGUUAUUCAUGGAACCAUUCAAUGUUUUAUUGAGUAAUCUAAAACAUGGUUCAAAAGACCUUGCAUCAUGUAUUCCUGAGAUCAUCAAAGAUAACCUGUCCAAAUUACAGUAUAUGUGGUGUGGGGGAAUACCUGAUUUAGAAGAAUGACUUGAUUCCUGUAAAUGAUUAAUGAAUGGGCCUUGCUUCUGACUUUCACAUACUGUAUCAUAGCAUCAGAGGAAGAAUGUACAGUUGGAUUUCCACUCCUUGCUAUGAGAGAUAAACUUCACCCACUUAAUGAAGUGAUCUAUAGUGUACAGAUCUAGAGACCCAGAGCUGUGUUGUUGUGACAUACCCUAUGUCUGAGCACAAGUCAAGGCAAGCACACCCUCACAGCCCUGGGCCAACCAAUAAGCGAUGACUGUAAAAACGGGAAUAGUGUCUGCCCUUUGGCUGCCAGACAAGGCUCAUAAACAUUCAUUUGAAUCCAAGCGAACCAUAAAUGCCCUCCUGUGCGCUCACGAUAGGGCCGCUCAUUGUGAUCACUAGGUGACCCACACCAGGCUGGAUAGAGGGAGAAAGGAUGUGCUCUGCUGGGAGAGAACCUUAGCCUCUGUUAAGGGCCUGUUUUUUAUUCCCUGAGUGGGCUAUAGCUGUUGCGAAAGAGGAGGGAGAAGAUAGAGGCAUGUUGAGACAGAACUAGGUCGAUGAGGGAGCCAUGUAGUGCAAGUAUGGUGGAAGAGGAGGGCUGAAAUGGCUUGAGUCUCACGGGGCAGGUUCAGAGCAAGGUUAGCCAAAUAGUGGAUAAAUCAGGAGGGGAGACAGGGGGGGGCUUGGAAAGACACACACACUCUCUCUGAGCUUGAUGGACCAGGUGGAAGCAGAGGGUUGACUAGGGUUGGGGUGUUGAUGCAUAGAGAGAGAUUGAGAGAAUUACAGUACAUGUUACACUUAUUUGAUUGACCUCAUCCAGAAUAACUCUACACUUAUGACAUUCUGGCAUGAAGUAACCAAAGAAAUAGGAUGCAGAGCUUUGUAAAGUUACUAAAGUUUCGGUAAUAGUAACAGAUUUGAGCUGAUGAAGAAUUCAGCGCAGCAAUUGUCUUAGAUUCAAAUCAAGACAAUAGCUGUUUUGUGUUAUUGACUGUACGUUUGUUUAUCCCAUGUGUAACACUGUGUUGUUUUCGUCUCACUGCUUUGCUUUAUCUUGGCCAGGCCAGUUGGAUAUGAGAACUUGUACUCAACUGGCCUACCUGGUUAACUAAAGGUGAAAUAAAAAAAUAAAAAGUUUCA